UUUUAUAUUAGUGUUAUUUCCCAUUCAUAUAUCUUUAUUUAUUUGUAUCUGGUCUAGAUUUUAACACUUGGGCUUCAGUUAUUAUUAUUGAAUAAUUAUAAUUAGUUCAAAGACUAGAUCAAUUAUUAGAUCAAAGAAUGGAAAACUCAUUUAGAGUCUGCAUGCUGUUUCUUCUGAUCUCUAAUCUGCUCCUCUCACAUGGAGCCCUGGGCAAGAACCUCACGGUGACGGUCAACCCCGACUGUAGCGCUAGUACUGCUGAUUGCUCCCUGCCUUGGCUGGUAGAUGUUAUCUCUCGGCCAUCAGAUUCUCUGAAUGCAACUCAGUACCACCAUGUGUGGGGAGCCGUGGGUGCCCCGACCCUCAUGGCCAUCGAGUCCCCAGCAGAUGCCAAGCUUUCUGUUGACUGGUCCUUGCUUGCAAGUCAUCAGGCCUCAGCCAUCCAGCUCCAGCCUGCCCCCCUCAGUGUCUUUGGUGUUGCUAUCACUGAGAUCAUCCUCUUUGAUGACGUUAACGACGAAGGCAGCAUAAGGAACGUCAACAGCUCAGCACAGAUAAGCCUGCCCAGCUCGCUUUUUGACUGGAACUUCACCGUGUCUUACACUGACUCUGAUGUGCACGUGUCCUUCUACACCACCCACUGUAAUAACACUGAACUGGAACCCAACUCUGGUCUUUACAUCAAUUUGAGCGCCAGUUUGGAGGGGCGGCGUUCCGAUGACCCGCCGCGCCUGUUCUGCCACGCGUCCGCCGCGGCUGUCGACUUCAUCCUCGACAACCUCAUCCUCAACGUCACCAACCCCAACCCCAGUGACUAG